AUGGAAGCAGUGGGUAUCGUAAUCAUGGUAUCUAUUUUAUAUGCUAGAGCGCAGAUAAAGUCAGUAUGUAUCUGUGCAAACACGAGAGACAUGUUGAAAAUAUUCUUACUCUGUGUAGUUAUUUAUGGGGCUACAAACGGUGUUUUAGCUAAACGACAUGGAAGAAAGAAUAAAUGGAAUAACGACGGGAAGAUAGUAGGUGGUACAGAGACUAAUAUAACAUCUUACCCAUAUCAAGUGUAUGUGGAGGUAUUAAGAGGAGUUCUGUCAUAUGCUUGUGGAGGCAGCAUACUUAGUGAGAAAUAUGUGUUAACAGCCGCACAUUGUCUAACAGGUGUCUCAAGAGUGCGAGUUAGAGCAGGUAGUACAUCUGCAAGUAGUGGUGGCACCAGAUAUACUACGUUCUUGUACACCAUACAUCCCAAUUAUGACCCACUAACUAGUGACAAUGAUAUUGGUAUAAUCAGAAUGGUGAGAAGUAUGACUUUGGAUGGCGUUACCACAAGAGCCGUUGAAUUGCCAGCAGCCGGCACGACUGUAGACGAAGGAAAGAAUGUUGUUGUAACAGGAUGGGGUGCUACUUCUGAGGGAGGUUCUAGCUCAGAUACUUUGAUGGUAGUGACAGUACCAGUGGUCUCUCUGCAGUCUUGUAACGAAACGUAUUCAAACAGUAUCACACCGCGUAUGUUCUGUGCCGGAUACGAAGAAGGAGGCAAGGAUUCCUGUCAGGGUGACUCCGGUGGUCCAGCUGUCGACGAAGCAACCGGUGAGCAAUUAGGGGUGGUGUCAUUUGGCACGGGCUGCGCUCGCCCCAACAUUCCUGGCGUGUAUACGAACGUCGUCGAAUUCUUAGACUGGAUAGAUCAAAACACUCCUUAG